AAUAAAGAAAUUAUGACAAAUUUAUCUCACGUGCAACGUGUUCGAAUGCUGUACAAAACAAUUUUAAGGUUACAUCGCGGUUUACCAACUGAAAUUCAAUCUUUAGGAACCAGUUAUGUUCGAGAUGAAUUUAGGAGGCACAAAACAUGCAACGACGUUGAGACAAUUAUCUUUUUAAAUGAAUGGACAGACUAUGCUGUAAUGCUUGCUAAGCAGCUUGGAUUAAAAGGACCGCACACUGCCAAACCAUUAGGUCAAAAUUUAACGCAGGAGGAUAUUGACAAAUUUAGAGAUGAACAAGUAAUCCAAUUGUAUGAGCUAAUGAAUGCAGCAACUAACAAGACAGAGAAAAAUAUAAAAUAAGUAUAAUCUAGUCGUCGUGAGAUAUUAAAGCUUCCUAUGUUGUAUGCUUAAUGAAGUAUAUUACAUUGAAUAUUAUAGAUGUGUACUGAUAUAGAUAUAGAUAUUUGCAUACUUUAUAAAUGUAAUAGUAAUUGCUUUCAUGUACAUAACUUUCAAUCGAUAUUUCAUGAUGUCUACAUUUCAUGUACAUAACCUUCAAUCGACAUUUCAUGUACAUAACCAUUCAAUCAACAGAAUGUUACAAUAUAGAUGUUCAAAGACAAUGUUCGAUGAAAUUGUAUAUACUUAUCAAACAUAUUGACAUGCAUAUGUACUUAAUACUGUAAUAAAUGUAGAACUUUGUGUUCAGUGGAUAUUCAUUAAAGAUGUAUAAAUAUAUUAA